GUCAGCUCUUAUGGAUAGCUGAAGUAGUUGCCUGGAAUGUAAAUUUAUUAUGACAAACAACUUGAAUGAACUUCCAGUUGCAUUCUGCUUGUGUUGAAUUUGCUCUCUUGUGAAUGCCUGUAUACUUCUUCAGAACACUAAAUGUGAGCCAUCCUAUAUCAUCUCUCCAUCCCUUUCUCUUGGCUGGGAGCUGGAUAUCAGACCGCUGUAUCAAAGUUGCUGUUAGAUAUGCUGAGUGUUUCCUUGAAAUGACGUUGCAUUUGCAGCCCCAGGAACCUUUCGGUGUGUGCUUAUAUGAAACACUGCCUCUGGAGACGGCUUUCCGUUUCCAGGAGACCAAGAAAAGCAAAGGGUUAGUCAUUUACAUGCUUAUUCUGAAUGCAAUUGAAUUCAUUCGAAGUAGUAUAUUGGUAAUGAUGAGCUUCAACAAUCAACACACAUGA